AAUUUAACACGUGUCCUUCCUGUUGAUAGAUCCCUUUCCGUGUUAUCGUACCCCCUUUCAGCUAAACAUCUGGAUGUCCUUGUUUUUAGAAAGGAUUGGCGGCUUCGGUUUUAAGGCUUGAGAAGAAACCGUGCGGGCUUCCUCUGCUGGUCAGUGAAGUGCUGCUCGGCGAUGACGCGGGAUCUCUGAGCUCCCUGCUGGUCUUCACACUGCUAGUUUUCAGACUUCAGACUGCUGGUCUGAGGGUGUCUCACUGUCCAGAGACAUGUCCAAAAACAAGAGCUCCGCCAAAACCCUCCUCAUCGUAGAUGGGGACGACGAGGUCCAGGAGGCUGAGCUCAACCCCUUCUCUUUCAGAGAGUUCGUCCGCCACCAUGGACCCGCGCCGGGCUCCGAGGAGACGAGCGGCUCCUACAGGAGGAAGGUGCAUGACACCACCAGCAGCCAGAGCAGAACGCCCACCUUUGCCCCGGCGAUGGAAAGCAGUUUCUUCUGGGAGCCCCUUCGCAGUGUGCUGAGGGCCCAGGAGGAUGAGGAGGGAGGGGCAGAGUCUGGACUGGCUGCUGCUGCUGCUGAGGAAGAGGAAGAGGGGGACAGGAGCUCCUCUCUCUGGCUUCCAGACGAAGACCAAGAAGAAGAAGAAGCUAAGGAGAUAAGCAGGACUGGAGGAAGAGGAGGGGAAGAUUAUGAAGGAGAUGAUGAAACUACCAUAUUGGAGACGCCAAACUCUCUCAGCAGAAAGAGUUCAAUGCAGCAGCUCCAAGAAGAGAACAUGGUUCUGAGGAGGAGCGUCAGCGAUCUCCACAAGUCGUCCAGCGCCUAUAAAGAAAGGAUCCAGCAGCUGUCGGAGGAGCUAAUCCGCCGAGGGCACGAGGAGGAGAAGGAGGCGCAGGCCCUGGAGAGCAUGGUCCACUCGGUGGAGCAGAACCUCCAGCUCAUGACCAAGCGAGCUGUGAAGGCAGAGAGCGGCGUUUCCAAACUAAAGCAGGAGCUGCAGCAGCUCCAGGGUCACAUGGAGAUCAUUAAAUUAGAAAAUGAACGCCUUCUAGCAGAGCAGCUUGAAACGAUGAAAGCCAUGAAACAAAAUGCUCGGACGGCUGCAGAUUACCUCGGCAAGACUGCCAUCCAAGCUCGCUCUUCUAUCAAACAGCUGUUGGGAGAAGCAGAGAAUCUGCAUUUAGUGUCACAGCUGCUGCAGUCAAUCGACAAGAUCUCAACGCACACCUCUGACAUCCACUAGUGCAGUGUUUCCCAAACUUUUUUCUGGGGAUGGUUUCUAAUUUUUAUAAUUACAAACCAUCGCGACCAAUAUAAAAAAUAGUACAGCACUUUCAAAAACAUGCUUCUUGUUUUAAAUGCUCAUGCCAAACAGGUAGGCGUGUGUUUAAGGGCAGCUAUUUUUAGCAAACAGUCAAUCGAUUCGAACAAUCAACAUUAAGAAAAGAAAAAGUAAACUUUUUUUUUAUCUUACAUUUAUUUGGCGACCCAAUUAAAUCAUGUGGGUCGCGACCCAGUCUUUGGGAAAGACUGCACUAGUGCCAUCUGGCCAUAUCCACUCAAGCCUUCUCACAUCUACUCGUCUGGUCUGAUCAUCUACACAGAGACCUCCUGAACUAAUUGGACUUCUUGUGAAUUGUCCUUUUUUCUGUUCCUUGGCUCUAAAAAUACCAUCAGCUGAGACUAUUUAUUUCUUCUUGAAAGCCAGAUCAUAAUUUGCCUUUUAAACAAUUUGAAAUGCUAAAUAUAAGACAGAGCAUCUAAAUAGCUUGAUAUUUAAUUUUUCUUAUACUGUAUUUUUUUAUUGUCAUGAAUUUUUAAAUAGUAUAUCACAGAUUUUGAAUACUGCAGAUAGCAUAAUUAAUGCAAUGACACUUUUAUAUAACAUUGAUCUAGAGGCCUUGGUUAAGCAUUUUCUUGUGAACUAUUAAUCCCCCCAUGUGCUAUGUUUGAUAACAAUUUCUUUGUGAUAGAAGUUUGUAAUGUAGACGAAGAGGCCAAAUGAAUGCAGCUUCUCAGAAGGCCAAGUAAUUUCUGUCAUGCUGCUCAGUUUGCAAAUGGGUUUGAUUCCGUGUGUUUGAGUUGAUGCAUUGUCUGCACCCAGUGUCACAAAAUCUCCCUGGCCAUAGUACUCUACCAUAGCCCUUCAAAGUGAUUGAAGCACUAAAAAGUCAAAGAAUGCGAUGGGGGGGGGAAAUAUUGACACACUUGAACUUCCAAAACCAGUGCUGGAACCACGCUGUGAUUAUUAGGAUGGCAGGAUGGACUAAAUCAGGCUAAACAAAAGUCAGCACUAUACUAUAUAUUUUACUAUAUAUAUUUGACAACGGGCUAGAGGGAGAUACAACUGUUGAAUAGACCUCUCCUUUUUGUACAAUUAUAGUAUAAGUAUUUUUAUUGAACCCUUAAUAAAUCAGCUCUGGGACUGACGGUGUCUACUCUGUUUUGAGCGUGCUCAAAGUGUUCAUCUGUUGUUGCCAAUGGUGAGUCCAUCUCUGCAGCUGGAUCAGCAGUCGCUCUCUGUCCAUCCUGAAGCGCUCCGACUCUGCCUUGGAGACGUCCUCAUAGCGCUUUACACACACACGCACAUACACAAGCACACGCACAAAGACAAAGACACACCUUAUUUUCCAAUGUGAGCACACACCGUACAAACUACUUAUAUGCACUGUUUUGUGUUGUAGGCAAAUAUUAAUAUAAUUCCUGAAUAUGAAUAUGUCCUGUACAUGGGUGUAUUUUAAUAUCUGUUUGGAAGUGUACUACAAGCUACAUACAUGUAUAGAUAAUAGUGUAACUAUCAUGAUUACCUUCAAAGCUCUGUCUCUGUGUAGGAGGAUUUCCUGGUGUAUCGGGCUGCUGACGGAACCAGCUGUUGCCGUGGCAUCAACACAGGGUUCUAUAGUUGUUUGACUAGAUGAGCUUGUUUCCAUGGUUACAGCGGACGUUGCAUUGGCCAUGGUCAUAAGGGUUUUGUCUUCGGUAGCCAUGGUUACCGUGGAUGCUGUCGUAUCAUCAGCAAGGGACUGUGAGAUAGGAAGUCCUGCCCCAAUCCUGGCAGACAUAAAACGCGCAACAAAUAAACAAAACAAACACCACAACAUAAUAAAAGCUCCCCACACACAAAGGAAAAUAACGGAGGAUAUUCGUGGAUAUAGUUGUUUUUUAAAGGCGUGAUAUUAUGCCACCAGGUGUGAGUGGGUUUAUAAGCCGAUGAAAAUCUGCCUUUUCCUGUGUUUUUGUGACAUCACAAGUGGCUAAUCACACUCACACCUGCUGGCAUAAUAUCAGCCCUUUAAGUUAUUUUCCCUAUGUUU